AUGACAACGGUUAUGUGGGCAGUCUAUGACUAUCGAGACUGGUUGUACUAUGGAACCGGUGGAACACCAUCCACUAUCAGCGGUUGGCUAAAAAUGAAUAAAUUACGUGUCCUACAGACUUUUAACUACCUCUGUGGAGAUGACUUGCGGGAUCCUUCUACAUUGCCCCGGACUGGGCCUCAGUACCUCAGGUCUCUGACGGUCAGACCAGGCGGGCAUCCGUCCCUCAGACCUAGCGCCAGUUUCCAGAGCCCAUUGAGCCGCGGGCUCGAGAACCACAAGGUCCUUUUCGGCUUGAUGAAACAGUUACAUUCCCAAUACCCGGACACCCUCCGUCUUAGCUUAUCCAAUGCUGAAGGUAGUACCGCGGACGCCAUCUAUGCGCGUCCGGAAUCUCCAGCCUGCAAUCCCGAAGCGCAGAAAGUCGGCUACGAAAUUGCCCAUGUCCAUCCCGAGGACAAUUCACUUCAUAUGCUACUCUCUCCAGCUGACGCUCGCGCCGUUGUAGAAGCGGGUUGGGGCCGUCGAUUUGCGGAUCCAUCGUCGGUGCCCCCGGGAUGGAUCAUGGUAUAUGCGCCACGGGACCUCGAGGAGGUUAACCUAGUCAAGCGGAUGGUCGAGGCUGCGGUUCGAUGGACAACUGGGGCAGACAUUUAG